AUGGACACUGUGCAACUGGGAUUGGAAUUCCCUUCAAGCCAUGAUAUCUACACGAAUUUCAAAGGAGACAGCCUUUCUCAGCCCAUCCCUGCCUCAAUCAUCAUUUCAAGACGGGACAAAACAGCUCUGAAUCGGCCGUGCCACGUCAGAGUUUGUCUUGUUCAGAGAUUGUCGAGCAGGGCCACAGAUGGCGCUGAUGACAACGAGGAUAUCUUGAGCCGGGUUUACAACCAUCUCUUAUCAAAGCCCCAGUUAAACAAAUCCUUCGUCACUCGAUCCUGCUCCGUUAUUGAAGAACUGUCUCUGCAGCUACCUGAUUUCCUGGAAGGCACUCAUGUCGAGAAUAUUCAGAAAGUUCCUUUCUAUAUGCCAAUUCUCGCAAACAUUCCAGGGACGACAAUCACCGGAAUUGGAAAGAUAUCAUAUUUUCUUAUUGCGUCCAUGGUCACAGAAGAUAAUAGUCUCGUUGGAACAAGCAAGGAAAUUUUUCUUCGCCGUCGGACCUUGCUUGAGCAGGAUUCCAUCCAACACACCCGAAUCUAUCCGAACUCGAGCUGGAUAACCAAGAUUAUUCUUUCACAAAAUGGCACUGGAACGGCAGACUCUACAUUCUUUAUCACUGCGAAGAUAUUCCUUCGUUGGACUGCCACGCCGGCCGGACGCUCUACAGAAUUCAAAUGUGUGGCUAUACGCGGUCUCAGAUGGCGUAUCGAAGAAGUGGCGACACUAGAAAGUCGGCCAGGAGGCGAGAAUAACCCAGAGAAUGGAUCGGUCGAAGAGAAAUCAGUUGUCCGCGAAUUAUCAAACGGUAUCCAAAAAGGCUAUUGGGGAACACUACACAAUCCGAUCUUGGCCAACAACCAAACGCACCAGCAGAAGGAUUCUGCAGUCGACGUUGCAUUUGAAGUGAAUAUCCCCAGUGCGGUCGAACCUGCACCAGAGGUUGAGCCAUCAAAUUACGAAUUCCAAUCCUUGUCACCGGAUUAUCUGCCGCGAUCACUGCAAGAAAAAUUUACAUUUUUGGCAAAGGAUAGAACAUUCCUUACCACGGAGCAUCGAUUGAAGCUUGACAUUCUGAUUAGCGAGGACACAUUUGACAUAUCUAGUCGCAAGUUAGUGGAUCGGAAGCCUAUGCGCACUGCACUAAACGCGUCGUUUCCUUUGAGAAUUGUUGAUAAAGCCGAGGCUCAUAUCGAUGAGAUGAUCCUCACGGGCAAUCUGCCACGCUACCAGGAAGUUUCUGAUUCUCCUCCGAAUUACGAAAUCUUCUGA